GAUUUUUUAAAAUAAAUUUGUCUUUUAUAGUCAGUAUGACUUUGUGAUAUGAAAAUUAAUUAAUCAAUAUUCAAAAACAUAUCCUGUUAAACGGUCAAAGGUUCAUUUCGGAUGUAUUUUUCUACCUUUUAUUCUUAUUGUUUUCGGCUGAUUUUCAUUUUAGAUUAUUGUUCAAAUAAUUAACUGAUUAUGAGCAAUAUAGCAAAUAUGAAAGUAUCUCUAAAUAUCGCUUUAGUAUCCUUUACGAUGGUGUUACUUAUCAGUGUUAAACACAGGUUUUGGAAGGAUAAGCUUACAUAUUCGAAUAUUCAGGAUUCACAAAACAGUUAUGUAAGCCGCCGGUUAGAUCCAUUAUACUGCAAACGAAUGCAAGGAAAUUUUUUACGUAUACAUGACAAUAAAACAUACAAUUUACGCAUUAUCGUGAUUGUUUUUGAUAGAUAUGAAUCGCUCUUAAGAUUACUGCGUUCAUUAAAUCAGGCAAUCUACGACGGCGACACUGUAAAACUUGAGGUAUGGAUAGACAGAUCAGAACAGGGUGUUUUGGAUGAAGCUGUAGUAAAUACGACCAACACAUUUUCAUUCCAACAUGGUGAUUAUGAGGUUAUACCACAUUUUGAGCAUGUAGGUCUUCACGGACAAUGGAUUUCUACGUGGAUGCCAAAAAGAAACAGUUCUGAAAUAGCUGUCAUUUGCGAAGAUGAUAUCACCGUUUCAAUUUAUUUUUACAAAUAUCUAAAAUAUGUACAUAAGAAAUACGACAAUUAUUCAGAAAUUAAUGGCUAUGCCUUACAAGGAUAUUCUAUGAAACAUCAUGUGAAAAAUACAUCCCCUCUUGUAGGACCAAAUGGUAGCAUUGUGUUUCUGUACCCAGUCGUCGGAUCAUGGGGAUUUUCUCCAAGCAGAGAUAAUUGGAUACAUUUUCAAGACUGGUACACUUCGGCUUGCAAUGAUGACACAAAUGAUUUAUUUAUACCAAACAAUAUAGCAAGCAAAUGGUACAUACAAUUCAAAAAGAAAGGAAGCCAUAAGAGCUUAUGGACAAUAUGGCAUAUGUAUCAUGCUUUCAUCAAUUCGGAGUUCACGCUUUAUACAAACUUACCAGGUCAUAUUGGACUUUCGACUAAUUGGCGCGAACAAGGCUUGCAUUUUAAAAAUUUUGGAGGAAAAACAAACGAAUUGUUACAAGUGUGGAGACAGGAAUUUGAAGAUCUGCCAACAAAACCAGUGCAUGUUGACAUUUCAGGGAAAGUCAUUCAAUAGUUACUGACGUAACCAUAACAUAAAAACAUUUUUUAACAUUCAAUUUUAGCUAUUUUCAUUGCAGUCUCUUUCGUUAUUUGAUAUUUCUAGCUGUUUAAAUAGGACGACAAUUCUAUUAUCUAUUUCAUAUCCCUACCAUUGCGUUAUAAUGUUUGAUUUUCUAACAAUAGAUACAAAGGGGAAUAUUUUAAGAACUUGAUACAAUAUUUGACUUCUAAUUGUGUCAUAAAUUUCUUUUCAAUAGCACAUUUUCACAAAAAUAAUACCUAAUUAUAUUAAUGCUAUGAAGUAUUUGUGAUGCUCGAAUGAAAAUAUGGGCAACCACAAUGGUUUCUUGCAUACAAUUAAGAUCGUUUAAAAUACAACCACAUACUUUGAUUUAUACAGAGAUACUAUUGCUCUGUUAUUUGUAACUUCAAAGGUAUAACACAAAUAAUAACUGCAAAUGUUCGACGUCUUCAAAAUUAUUUACAACACACAUUUUGCUUUCUAAAAGUCCAAGUAAAACCUUUACACAAAAAUUACAAAUUUUACACACCACUUUACCGUAACACAAAUCAUUCGAUUCACCCGCUUUUGUUUCGACCCAGGGCAUUUAAAAAAAAACAUUAUCAACGUUGAAAACAAUUCCUAGAUCCAAGCAUAUCGAAAACUCUUUCACCAGGCUGUCAUUCAGGAUAAAACAGAUUAAGUCCCUACAAAAUAUUCCAUAUGCAAUACCUUUAUAUAUCUUUUGUCAGAAUGGUUCCUUUCUUUCUUUUGUAAUAACACAUUCGUCAUUCUUAAUGACAGUUUUAUACUGAGUUUUGUAAUUCUUAUUUUAUGGAAUUUGGUUACGGUAUAUACAAUUUGAUCCAUUCAUAUCAGUGAACAUUUUCACGAUUUAUUAUGAAUUUGUUAUGUCUUAAUAUUUUGAAAUGCAAAUGAAUGCAAACUCCUAAAACUAUAAUAAUAAGAAGUAAAUGUUAAAUCAUGAUGCAGAUAUAGAAAUUUUGACUUGAGCCAGUCUUUCCGAAAAGCAUCCAUUUAUUCCUAUGGGCGAGUAUAAAAUAUAUUAUUUUAUGUUGCAUUAAUGUUUUGUAUAAAUAGAAUAUUUGUUCGGUUGGUUUGAAGAAGGGUAGACAUAAGACUUUAUAAAAGUAUUUUACUUGUUCUUAAAACUGAUUCAGUUGUGCAAACACGUGACAAUUAUAGAAAGAAUGGUAAAUUUGU